AUGCCACCGGUUCAGCUUGCUUCGCCGCAAGUGUUUUCACCUACCAGCUCAGGGUCAAUAACCCCAAUGGAUAUCCCCAAGGACAUCUUCUUAGGCGAGUAUAUCUUUUACAGAAUAACUGAAGCCAACCCCAAGUUGAAAUCAGUGUUUGAGAUCCCCGGCGAUUUCAACCUCGACUUUUUGGAGCACGCCUAUUCUCCCUUGAUCCUCAACAGGGGUGUAAAAUUGAUCAACACGUGCAAUGAAUUGAACGGUGCUUAUACAGCAGAUGGAUACGCAAGGGUAAUUGAUGGAUUGUCGGUGUUUAUUUCAACAUUCGGCGUGGGAGAGCUAUCCGCUGUCAACGGAAUCGCCGGUGCUUUUGCCGAGUACAGCCCAGUCUUGCACAUUGUCGGUACAACCGCUCUUGAAACACAGGAACAAGCCAAAAGCAAAGUCGAAAACAUCCAUCAUUUAGUUCCCAACCACGACAUCUGCAAACCUGCAAACCACAAUGUCUACAAAGAGAUGAUCAAGGACAUCUCUUGCGUGCAGGAGAGCUUGACAUAUGACAUGAAUGACAAUGUUGCCAAAAUCGACCGUGUUUUGAACACCAUCCUUCAAGAAAGAAGACCUGGGUACUUGUUCAUUCCACGCGAUGUGCCAAAUUUGCAAUUGCCAUCGCAGCUUUUAUUCUCAAAUCCAUUCUCGUCAGCGUCGAAAUAUGAACAUUCCCUCGAAUCGGAAAAAUUGUUGAAAGAAGUCACCGACACGAUCUUGUCCCAUUUGUACCAAUCUGAAAACCCAUCCGUUUUCUCCGACUGCUUAACCACCCGAUUCGGAGCACAAAGGGAACUCGAUUUGUUCCUUGACCAGUUGCCGCAAUCGAUCAAGAUCUUUUCAUCUAAUUUCGGCCGCAACGUCAAUGAGACAAAACCAAACUACGUUGGAGUGUACGAUGGCAAGACCUCUUCGACUCCCCAAGUCCGACUGCUUCUUGAAUCAUCCGAUUUCGUACUCGGACUUGGCGUAUAUGAGACUGAAAUGAACAAUGCCGCGUACUCGGCCGAUUUUUCCAACGUGGCAAACGUCGUCAUGGUGCACCCAGAUUACAUUCGCAUCAACAGUGCAAUCUACCACAUCAAACAAGUCGACGGUGAAAAACUAUUUUCAAUCUCGCAGCUCUUGGUCUCAUUGGCAACAAACCUAGAUGCCGGAAAAAUUACAGCCACGGUUUCCAAUACCUACACAUACCAACCAAAAGACCAAUACAUUCCCUCUGCAUCGGAUGUCAACUAUACCCCGCAAUCGAAAUUGACAGACCAUUUCAACAGCCAGCUAGAACCAAACGAUUUAUUCAUCGUGGACACCAUGUCGUUUGUAUUUGGGUUACCAGAUAUCAAAUUCCCGGCUGGGGCCCAGCUUGUCAGCGCAUCAGCGUGGGGAUCGAUUGGAUAUGCAUUGCCAGCAACGUUUGGCGCCACAUGUGCCAUCAACGACCUCGGUUCGAAUCGGAGGAUUGUCUUGGUUCAAGGUGAUGGAGGCGCUCAAAUGACAAUCCAGGAAUUGUCAAGCUUUGUUCGAUACCACACGGAGUUACCGAAUAAGCCUCACAUCUAUUUGAUUAACAAUGACGGGUACACCAUUGAAAGAAAGAUAUUAGGUCCCAAUAGGUCGUAUAAUGACAUCAAUGGAAGCUGGAAGUGGGGUGAUUUGUUGCUGACUUUUGGCGGGAAACAGGGCAAAACUCACGAUUCUUUCAAAAUAGCAAAUGUCGAGGAGUUUGAUCGGUUUUUCGACAAGGCCCAUGGUCCUAAGAAGAGCCUGUCAAGGCUACAAUUUUAUGAAAUCAUUGCUGGUAAAUACGACGCUCCCUUGAAAGUAGAUUCUUUACUUGGUAAAUAG